CUACAGAUUUGAGUUGAAUACGUGUGCGAAUACGAACUCGCUCUUUUCCAGCGUAAUCACAUCUUCAUUUGUAAAGUAGCAACUCGGUCGACCACCAAACUCUUAAUUAGCAACCGAAAAACAGGACCUGUCUUAGCCUGCCGAGUGCUGAUUUCGUAAAAGCGAAAACUUCGUGUAUAUCGUAGGGUACUCGAUAGAUAUUUGCUCGCGCACCAUAAUGCUUAGGUUUUGUCUUGUUGCAAUUCGAUAUGCACAAAGAGCCCUCCUCUUUCUCUUUACAGUUAGACUCUGCUGACACAGUAAGCGCUGCUUACCACGACAGUGCGUUACUCGUCGUUCACAGAUGAUAAUUAACAAAUGGACCGCUGAAGGCAAGUUCGACUCUGCUAACCUUUGCCUAUCUCUUCUAGGAAAUGACGUCUCGAGAUCGCGCUGUCGAGCUGACGAAACUCAAUAUCCACACAAUAUUCGGCGAAAGAGAUGUCACAAAGCGACUGCAGGCAAUGUCAGAUACUUGGGCUGCAAGCGGCGAAAUAUCCUUCGUAGACACGAUGGGGGUGUUCAAGACGCAUGAAUCGAUCAGUGAGAUGGUAGAGAAGAUACAGGGCUUUGGUGGUCCGGAGGACGUAUUCGUGGAGCUAGGCGAUGUCGAGUGCCUAAAGUAUGGCGAGGAGGAAGACAUGUGGGUAACCAGAGUCAAAUGGGGCGUUGGACCAAAGGACGCAAAACCAGGCAUGACUGGAUGGGAUGUGUUGACGAUCACUGGGGGAAGGAUCAAGGCUUGCUACACAUUUAUUGACGCCUGAUAGCUAUACCAUCGUCUGCUUGUCGACUUGCAGCACUCAGUACGCACCUUGCGCUUUCUCUGGAUCUUCGCUCUUUCCCCAGCCCUCAAUGUUGUGGACGAUAGGGCUCCUUCCGCCGCGUGUGAUGAUCCAUUUAAGUGGUUCGUCGCCGUCGUUGACCUCUUGAUGCUCAGCCUGUUCUCGUGA